AUGGAUUUUUCUCCCAUGGAGGACGUCGGCGGCUUCGGCUACUACAACCCCUUGCAGGGGCCGUGGGUGGGCGCCGGCGACUGUGAAAUGUCUGACGAGCGUGACGGCGAGAACCAACAAGAUUCCGGCAACCAAGCGCCGUUGCGGCGUGGGCGGAAAAAUCGUGUUUCGAGCGAUGAACGGCGGGCCAUUCAGCAACGAAGAGUGAACUUGAUGCAUGAGGAGGAAAAAGGCCCGCAGCAAGACUUCGCCGCAUAUGAGGUGCGGGAGUCCUUUUUUUUGGAUCAGUUGCUUGCAGUGACUGAGCGUCUCUUUCGGCAGUGCCUGCGGAUGCGAGCGCCGAUUCUGCUGGAACUUGUAGUGCCGCCCAUCUUUGUCUGCAUCACCAUUAUUUUGUGGUCGCUGUGGGGAACGGACCACUUUUCCGCGACAAACUUUGUGGAUUACAACCAACUUCAGUCCGUCAUUUCCACAAAUUACUACGUGACCUACUCGUGUUCCCGUACCCCGGGCGGGGUACCCGGACUUCCUGUUUGUGAUCCAGUGAGGCUUGUUGAUUGCGAGGGAGACGAGAGUACAUUGCCGGUUAAGGGCCUCUGUGUGUACUCUUGGGUUGGCGUGCCAGAGUUGCUUGGAUCCUUCCUAAAUGGCUUUACUGGCCGCGUCGCGCAGGUUCCCUCACUGGACGGCAUCAUCUUUUUUCAGUGGCUGGCGCGCAAGCACAGCACCACGAGCGCCGCAGAAAUUGGUGGAUUGCCCAACACACGCUUCUCUGCCAUUUUGGCUUCUGGAAUGCUGUACUUCGUCGGGGACUUGCAGGUUCUUGGCGGGCUGACCGCCGAGCUUGCGCGAACUAGCGGUUAUUUUCACUACGUGAACGGCGGCAGCUACGCAACGAUGGCAGAAGCCAACGUGCAGGCCAAGACGAAUCAAUUUAAUUGGGGCAUCGUCCACAUACGUCGCUUUGACGUUGAUGCUUUGGAUGCCAUAAUUUACCUCAACAACACCGCCGUGCCGGACUUUGAUGAGAUUGUCGCAGACGCCUACCCUGGCGGCUACCAAUUUAACAGGGCGGAAAUGUACGCCAUCUCCGGGUACCUCACGCUCCAGAAGCUGAUAUCGGAGUACUACAUCAACCAACUCUUCCCCAACCUAGGUCUCCGGACAACGGCCUACAUUGCAUCGCAGCCGUUUGUGGACUACCAUCAGUCCCCGUUGUUAAUGUAUACCCGCGACAUUAUGCCCCUCAUUUUUGUAUUGGCAUUCCUCUUCUCCGUCGCAUCUCGGACGAGAGCAAUUGUUUUGGAGAAGGAAAUGCGCAUUCAUGAGGCAAUGCUCAUCAUGGGUGUGAAGGAUUCCGUGCUUUACACCACCUGGUUUGUGAGGUUCAUUGCGGUUGACUUCACGGUGUGUUUGUUUAUUACGGUUCUACUAAAAUGCACGUACGUGACGCAAAGUGAUCCCUUCAUCAUCUUCUUGGUGUUCUUCUUGUUCACCUUGACGAACAUCCCACUCGCCGGCCUCAUUGCAGCUUUCUUCAGCAGGGCUCGCCUCGCGGCAUUGCUGUCACCCAUCAUCUAUUUUGUUAUGACGCUUCCGACCGUGGCAGCACCCAAAACAAACGCUGCGUUGACUACAAUUUUUGCCCUACUUUCUCCGUCUGCCCUGGCCACGAUACUUCAGCAAAUAUUGGCGGCUGAAGCCACGCGUGGUUUCUCCGCCAAGAGCAUGCAGAGUAGCUUAUAUGAGCCAAAGACAAUCGUGGUGUUUUGUAUAAUGAUUGCCGACUUCUUCCUAUAUUGUCUUAUCAUGUUUUACUUGGAUGCUGUUAUGCCGAAGGACUGGGGAACGACCAAACACCCGCUGUUUUUUAUUCUUGACCCUAUUCGUUGGUUACGUGGCAAAAAGGGCGGGAAUUGCGAGGCGGGCGGCCCUGAUGGCCGGGCCGUCGACGGCAUCUUUGAAAAUGACGGCGUGAAGGAGGACGGGGCUGUGCGUCUUCUUGGUCUGCGGAAGGUGUACCGGCGGGGCGGGAAGCAGUUCGUCGCGGUGAAUAAUCUGUACUGGAGCCUGUGCGAGGGUGAGAUAUCCGUGCUUCUGGGCCACAAUGGUGCGGGGAAGACGACGACGCUGAACAUGAUGACAGGCAUGGUGAAGCCUGACGGCGGCGACUGCUACGUGUACGGGUUUUCGGUGCGGCACCAACUGUCGCGUGUGCGGCAGGAGAUUGGGUUCUGCCCGCAGCACAAUAUUCUGUGGCCGGAGCUGACGUGCCGCGAGCAUCUUGAGUUUUUUGCCCAAAUCAAAGGCUUGAAAGGUGCCGAACUGGAGGAGGCAGUGCAACGGAUGUUGAAUGAGACAGAUCUGCAGGAAAAAGUUGAUUUUCCUGCCAGCCGGCUCUCAGGUGGGCAGAAGCGGAAGCUUUCAGUGGCUGUUGCAUUUGUGGGUCGGAGUCGCCUUGUGUUCCUUGACGAGCCGACCGCCGGUAUGGAUGUUGGUGCCCGCCGCUACACGUGGGAGCUGCUGAAGCGAAUGUCUUCCUCACACACCGUUCUGCUGACGACGCAUUACAUGGACGAGGCGGAUCUGCUAGGACACCGUAUUGGUAUCUUGAGCAACGGUUCUCUGCAGUGCUCUGGCAGUAGUUUGUUUCUAAAGUCUAGGUUGGGU